CAUUGUAGGAAGAGAGCUUUGAGAAGCCAUGAUUGCUCUUGCUUCUUCCAAAGCUUUUUCCUCAAUCUCUACUACUUUCACAUCAUCCAACCGUUCGAAUCUUGUGUUAGCUUGCUCCUGUUCAAACCAUGAACAGAGAAGAAGAAGAACAGUGAUCUUUGGCUCGAGUUUGGCUCUCGCGUCGUCUCUGCUUGUUUCCAACCAACAGAAGUUUCCAGUGGAAUCUGCGAUCGCAUUGGAACAAGUUAAAGAAGAGGAGCUUGAGGAGGCAGAAGAGAGAAAUGUCAACCUCUUUCAGAAAACUUCAUCGUCUGUUGUGUUCAUAGAAGACAUUGAGCUUCCUAAAACGUCUUCUGAUGAAUCCAGUGCUGAGGAUAAUGCAAAGAUUGAAGGGACUGGUUCUGGCUUUGUUUGGGAUAAGCUUGGUCACAUUGUACGCAUAAAUGAUGAAAAGCCCUUACCAAACCUCAAGUCUCUUGUCUGAACUCUUGGAAAACUGAAAAAAACUUGUUUGUUGUACAAUUGUAGGUGACAAAUUAUCAUGUGAUUGCCAAGUUAGCUACUGAUCAGAGUGGAUUACAACGUUGUAAGGUCUCCCAUCUUCUUUAAAUCCAUUUG